CUGAAUCCGAAUCCGUUACAGUUAAAACUUUUAAAUUUCUUCCAUUUCACAGAACCGCACCAAGUGAUCAUGCUUUCCCUUUAAAAACCCUUUCGCUGCUCAUCAUUAACCGAGGAGCUGACCAUUUCCCCCGAACGAGGAAAAUACUUCCAUUUUAUUCCCGUUCGAAUCGACCAAAACCAAGACCCAUCUUCCAAAUCAAUCCCUGCUCAUUCUCCAAUCUUCAAAAUCUCAUCUUUCUUCCUUCUUCAAUCAAGCGAAACCCAUAGGAUUCAGAAAUGGCGAAAGGGUCCGAUCGCGUCCGCUUUAACGUCGGCGGCAAGAUCUUCGAAACUACCACUACAACUCUAGCCAAUGCCGGCCGCGACUCCAUGCUCGGCGCGCUCCUUGAUGAAAACUGGAACCUAAACGCCGGCGACGGAGCUGCAGCUGAAUAUUUCAUUGACCGUAACCCGGCGUGCUUCUCUGUCCUGCUCGACCUGCUCCGCUCCGGCGAGCUCCAUCUCCCUCCCCACCUCCCGGACAAGCUCCUCUACCGCGAAGCCCUCUUCUACGGCCUUCUUGACCACGUCCGAGCCGCCCGGUGGGGCCCCUUUGACGGAGACCGCCUCCGCCUCUCCUCUUCCAUCUAUGGCCGCGCCCCCAGCGACGCCACCGCAAUCCGCGCCUCUCCCGACGGCGGCUGCUGCGUCGCCCACGGCAGAGUUGUCCACAUCUAUGACUGGAUGCUCGAUGAGCACCGCCCGAUCAAUCUCGACUACCAGCAGGUCAACGACGCCGGCUACGUUGACUCCGGUCACAUCGUCGUCACCGUCAGCGAGCGCCCUGGCCAUACAAUCGGGGGCAUGGGUCUCUUCUCCUCCUCAUCCGGCGAGCUCCGCCACCGCUUCCGUGUCUACCACGACAGUAAAGCUAAGACCUUUACUGCCGGCGCUCUCUGCUUCAGUGAUUCCCAAUUCAAAAUCUUUGCAAGCUGCAAAGGCAGAUCCAAUGAAUACGGAAUUGGUGUCUGGGAUCAGAACACCGGAGACCAAUCCGAUUUCUUCUAUGAGCCUCCAGGUUGCCCUUUUGGCGAAGCCGAUGAACUGCAGUGGAUUAAAGGCGAUAACUUUUUGAUGGUGGCAACAAUUUUUCCAAGAAUAGAGAAAUGUUUCAUUGGGAUACUGGACUUUAGAGAGAAGAACAUGGUGUGGUCAUGGACUGAUGAUGGAAGAAUGACGACUGCUUCUCUUGAUGAGAAGAGAGUUCUCCAUGCCAUUGUGAUGGAAAAUAACAGAUCCAUAUGUGUUGUGAACCAGUAUGAGGAUUUGGGGUUCUUGGACCUUAGGAGUAAUAGAGGAGGAGGGGUUAGAUGGAGCUCAAGGAGCAAACUUUUGAAGAGGAAGGUUAGGGGAGAGGAGACGUGUUAUCCGAAGCUGGUGAUGAAAAGCGGCCAGCUGUUCUCGUCGAUGAACGACACCAUUUCGGUGUUCAGCGGACCUGAUUGGGUGCUAACAUCAACAUUGCGGAGCAGUGUUGGCGGUUCUAUCCAUGAUUUUUCAAUCGGCGGCGAUCGAUUGUUUGCUUUGCAUAGUGAGGAGAAUGUGUUUGAUAUGUGGGAGAGUCCUACUCUCCCAAUUCUGUAGAUUUUAGAAGCGUAUUACUGUACUGGUGAUGCUAUGUGUUCUACUGAUAAAAUUUAAUUGAGGACUGUGAGAUAUAUUAGUUUUUGAUGUAGGAGUGAGUGAUUUUGCAAUCUCUCAAAGCAAUUGAUUGAAAGUUGUCAUAAAAGUUAUGUUUUUUAGUUUUAAUUUGUAUGUUUCAGACUUACAGUGCACGAAGUAGUGAUGGUUGUGAAGUGUGAAAUUAGGGGUUGCUGCAUAAAAAGUGAGAUAGAUUGUCAGCUCAGGUUGUUUCUUAGUGAGUUAGUGUGCAGGUGGAAGUUUCAGUCAAUGUAUUUUGAUUCUGUUCUAAGGCUGAGGCUUUUACUCAAUAGUUUUGUUAGCUUC